CAAUGUUUUACGUUUUUCUUGCGAACAGGGAAAUAUAGUAACAUAGAAAUCUAAUCUGAAAAUAUAAAAACAACAACUUAGUGUCGGGUUGUUCAAGCUUGACUAUGGGUUGUUCAAUCCGCAGCUUGAAACUCGUGGCAUGUCUCAAAUCUAAAAAGAUGGUCAUAGCAAUCGUGUAUGCAGGCUUAAUGGUCGACAAUAUGUUGCUAACAGCCGUUGUUCCAGUUCUACCAGCGUAUUUCUUCCAAAUGCAAUUCAACUCCACGACUGGCAAAACGGAAACAACGCACCAUGUGCUGCUUGUAACAAAUUACACGAAGACACUGUCGCAUCAAUGUCCGCAUCGUAAAGGAGUGUCAAGCCAACAAUCAUUUUACAUGGGCAUUCUACUAUCUGCGAAGCCACUCGUACAAGUAUUGGCUAACUUUGCUGUUGGACCUAUUACCGAUAAGAUUGGAUUCGAUGUUCCACUACUUGUCGGUUAUAUUGUAAUGGCAGCGUCUUCACUAAUGUUCGCUUUCGGCAAGUCGUUCGUAUUUUUGUUGGUGGCGAGGGCUAUUCAAGGUAUUGGUUCGGCCGCUACAGCGACUGCCGGUCUAAGUUGGGUAGCUGACACAUACACAGAAAAGGUUGAACGAGGUUGGGCCAUUGGCAUGUCGUUUGGUGGUCUCGCGCUUGGUGUAUUAGUUGGACCGACGUAUGGGAGUUUGAUUUACCAAUAUGUUGGAAAGGAAUAUGUGUUCAUUAUCUUAGCCGUAAUGACUCUAUUAUUAAUAGUUGUCCGGUUGACAACACGAGAAAUUAGAAUAUUUAGAAGGCCACCAAAUGAAAUGGGCGCAUCGAUUUUUAAAUUGUUUAAAGAUCCUUACAUUCUUGUGGUAGCUAUUUCCUUGUGCGUCGGAAUAUCUUCAAUAACAGCCCUUGAGGCGGUGCAACCAACGUGGAUGCUUAAAACUAUGUGCCCAACCAAGUUGGAAUUGGGGGUUGCUUUUCUUCCAAUCAGUGGCAUAUACUUUAUAGUAACAUACGGCGUAGCUCUCUGGGGCCACAAAGUGGCGAGAUGGAUGCUUUGUUUGGUUGGAUUUUAUUUGCAAGUGGUUGGACUCGUUAUUUACCCAUUUGCACGCACGGUACCCGAAGUGAUAGGACCUGGUAUUUUAAUUGGCAUCGGCAUUAGUUUUACCGAUAGCUUGCUUCCAGUGUUAGCGUUUCUGGUCGACACAAGGCACAAACCAGUAUAUGGAAGCGUUUAUGCAAUUGCUGAUAUAGCAUUUUCACUUUCUUAUGUAAUAGGUCCUUUAAUAGCGGGAGCUGUGAUGGCUAAAGUUGGAUUUAAGUGGGCGAUGUGGGGAAUCGGUUUUAUAUUUUUUUCAUACGCCCCAAUUAUUUCCGUGCUAAGUAAAGUGAACGUUAAAGACGAAGAAGAGACGCCUCUUUUGAAAGAAGAUGGAAAGAACAUGGUCGAAGACGGUAAAACAAACACAAAUAAUACCACCAAUUAAAGUGUAUAAUAUUAACAUUUU